CGUUUACCAAAAAAAAAAAAGAGAAUCAAAAUUGAACAUUUUUGGGGAAAUUUCCAACUUUCAUAAAACCAAUUUCUCUGUAAUUUCGAGAUCCAAUAUUCUCCAUUUCUCUUUAAAUUACCUUACAUUACUCCAAACCCCAAAUUGCCUAAACAUAAUCUAAUCCUUCUUUCUCUCCCCACCAUGGCAACACCUCCCACCACCACCACCACCACAACCACCCCAAUAUUCAUCUCAACCACCACCCUCCGCUCAAUCCUCUCCCACAAAACUCUAAUCACCCACCUUCAAACCACCCUCCCAAAUGCCACACUUUCUCUCUCCACCCCACCUCGCCACUCUCUCUCCACCUCCCAAAAUUCCACCCUCCUCCUCAUGCCAUCCUUCUCAACCUCCCCUUCUCUCCCCUACAUUGGGGUCAAACUCGUAACUUCCCACCCUCAAAACUCCUCCCUAAACUUACCCGGAAUUCACGCUUGCUACACCCUUUUCAACUCCCUCACAGGCCAAACCCUAGCUUUAUUUGAUGCAACUGAAUUAACCCUUUUCAGAACUUCCUCAAUUUCAGCUUUAGCAUCUUCAUAUCUCUCCAAAAACAAUCCCCAUGUUCUUGUAAUGGUGGGUUCUGGUAAUUUAUCACCUCAUUUAAUCAAAGCCCAUUUGAGUGUUAGGCCCACCAUCAAAAGAGUGAUCAUAUGGAACAGAACCACCGAGAAGGCGGCGGCGUUGGCGGCGAGGUUGACGGCGGAGGAAGGGUUUAAAACGGUGAGUUUUGAGAGUAAUGGGUGUUUGGAAACGGUGGUUGGGUUAGGUGAUAUUGUGUGUUGCGCCACCAAUUCAGAGACGGAAUUGGUUAAAGGAGUGGAUUUAAAGGAAGGAGCUCAUCUUGAUCUAAUUGGGUCAUUUAAACCAAGUAUGAAAGAGUGUGAUGACGUGGCGAUAAAGAGGGGGAAAGUGUUUGUUGAUAAUGAGGUGGCAUUGGAGGAAGCUGGGGAACUGGUUGGUGCUUUUGAUAGAGGGGUGAUCUCUAAGGGUGAUAUUUGUGGUACUUUGGUGGAGUUGAUUGAAGGUAAAAAAAUUGGGAGGAAAAAUGAUGAGGAAAUUACUGUGUUUAAGUCUGUUGGUUCAGGGGUUGUUGAUCUUCUUACUGCUCAGUUGGUUUAUGAAACUGUUAUUACAGAUCUAACUGAGCAGAACUAACUGGUUCUGAUCAAACAGAUCAGAAUAAUACACCCAGCUUAUGCUGUUACUAUGAAACUAGCAGAAUAAAUGUAUCAUGUUACAUGAAUGAUGUAUUAACAUACAAGCUUAUAAAAGAUUUCAUGGUAGUGUUUUUUCAAAUAA